AUGCCCAACAUCAACUAUCUGCUUCCCCAGGCCUUCACCCCUAGUGACUGUACUGGAAUCACCAACCCUGCAGAGUUGGAAGCCAUGAUUAAAUAUGCCCUGUCCAGGUACAAACUUCACAUUGAACGCACCCAUCAGACUCAAGUUGCCUGGGCUACUUUGUUACUACCACCAUUUCUCAAUGAGCCUGCUGAUGCCCCCACACUCACCAUGGCUGAGCGCAUCAUCAAUAAGAGGGAGCUGAUGCCACAUUAUCAGCCUUUUGGAGAAAAGUGCUAUGAGCCAGGCCAACCUCAGGAUGUUAUCCAUGAGAUCCGAGACACCAUCCUCAUUGAUGCCCGGCCCCUUUUCACAUACUCAUGUGCAGACAAGGUUGAACAACAGGUCAUCCACCAUGGGUUACACAUUAGUGGAGGAGCAGAGUGCAUAUACCAACACCAGCAAGUCAGCUUUCCUGUUGGCCCCUAUGGCACCACAAUCCCACCCUACAAUCAGGACAUUAGUCAGGCUGCCAUGUCUCUCCCUUCCAUUCCUGCUGAUCAGGCUCUCAUGCAAGCAGAAAUUCAGACCAGCCACUGGGUCAUGUUCAUCCCCACCACUGGCUUCUCACUGAAAAGCCAACUCUUCUUUAGCCACCCCAAUAGUGGUUUCAAAGAAGUGUUCAACCACUAUGCUCUGGCGACACCUCACCUUUCCCCUGGCACCUACUUGCCAUAUGACAUUAUUGCCAUUGGUGACACCCUGAUCCCAGAGGAUAUUCCAGGCACCCACAUCACCUUCACCAGCACCAGUUCCUUGUCACAGCAAACACCAGAACCAGCUCUCACUCUGCAUGAAGAAGUAGGCAUUGUCACGGGUAACCCCGGGGUACUUUCGGCCAUACCCGUACCCCUACCCAUGAAAACCCGUACCCUCAACCAUGGGUAUUUCUAUUAUGUGUUACUUGUUAAUGUACCAUACAAAUUCUAUGAUGUGGCAUGGGUUUGCGAUGCGACGAACACCUAUAAAGUCGCCUUCCUCGCUACGCUCCCUUUAUCCAUCCUCACCAGCAGCUUGCAUUUCUCGAACGUGAACACGACGUGCUUGUGGCCUGGUCGUGGUGCCGUGUGGUCGUCUGCCACGUCCGUCGUCGUCUUCGUCACCGUCCAUCGUGUUGGUGUUCCGUUUUGCUGCUGUGUCGUGGUUAUCGUUGUCAUGGUGUUACGUUGUGGUUGUGGUGUUCCAUGGUAG